GUUGUUCAAGCGUCCGAAGUUUGAAACGAAUACCAAGGCCGAUGUAAUUGCACGGUGUAAACAUAAACAUCUAUCAAGUUGAAAUCUUCAUCAUCCCGAUUCCUACAGGGCACCAGGUGUUGCUCAACUUCAAGGAACCCGGCUGAAAGGAGACACCCACCAUGUUUCUCUACAACUUGACGUUGCAGCGAGCAACGGGCAUCACUCAUGCUAUCCAUGGCAACUUCUCAGGAACCAAACAGCAGGAGAUUGUUGUUUCCAGAGGGAAGAUUCUGGAGCUGCUGCGCCCAGAUGCCAACACCGGGAAGGUGCACACGCUGCUUACCAUGGAGGUGUUUGGCAUCGUCCGCUCCCUCAUGGCCUUCAGGCUCACCGGAGGCACCAAAGACUACAUUGUGGUGGGCAGUGAUUCUGGCCGCAUCGUCAUCCUGGAGUACCACGCCUCCAAGAACAUGUUCGAGAAGGUGCACCAGGAGACCUUCGGCAAGAGCGGCUGCAGGCGCAUCGUCCCGGGACAGUUCCUCGCCGUCGACCCCAAGGGCAGAGCCGUCAUGAUCGGUGCGAUAGAGAAGCAGAAGCUGGUCUACAUCCUGAACAGGGACGCGGCUGCACGUCUGACCAUCUCGUCUCCUCUGGAGGCCCAUAAGGCCAACACACUGGUCUACCAUGUGGUGGGGGUGGACGUGGGCUUUGAGAACCCCAUGUUUGCAUGUCUGGAGAUGGACUACGAGGAAGCAGAUAACGACCCCACGGGGGAGGCGGCAUCGAACACGCAGCAGACGCUGACCUUCUACGAGCUGGACCUGGGCCUCAACCACGUGGUGCGCAAAUACAGCGAGGCCCUGGAGGAACACGGCAACUUCCUCAUUACUGUGCCGGGCGGUUCGGACGGCCCCAGUGGGGUUCUGAUCUGCUCUGAGAACUACAUCACCUACAAGAACUUUGGAGACCAGCCCGACAUCCGCUGCCCCAUCCCCCGCAGAAGGAAUGACCUGGAUGACCCUGAGAGGGGCAUGAUCUUUGUGUGCUCGGCGACCCACAAGACCAAAAGCAUGUUCUUCUUCCUGGCCCAGACAGAGCAGGGGGACAUCUUUAAAGUCACACUGGAGACAGACGAGGAGAUGGUGACUGAGAUCCGUCUGAAGUAUUUCGACACCAUCCCCGUGGCAACGGCCAUGUGUGUCCUCAAGACCGGCUUCCUCUUCGUGGCCACAGAGUUUGGAAACCACUACCUGUACCAGAUUGCUCACCUGGGUGAUGACGAUGAGGAACCAGAGUUCUCCUCUGCAAUGCCAUUGGAGGAGGGAGACACCUUCUUCUUCCAGCCCCGCCCUCUGAAGAACCUGGUGCUUGUUGACGAACAGGAGAACCUGUCGCCCAUCAUGAGCUGCCAGAUUGCUGAUCUGGCCAAUGAGGACACUCCUCAACUGUACGUGUCGUGUGGAAGAGGCCCCAGAUCCACACUCAGGGUCCUCAGGCACGGACUGGAGGUGUCAGAGAUGGCAGUGUCGGAGCUGCCCGGUAACCCCAACGCUGUGUGGACGGUGCGCAGACACGUGGAAGAUGAGUUUGAUGCCUACAUCAUUGUGUCGUUCGUGAACGCUACGCUGGUGUUGUCCAUUGGUGAGACCGUAGAGGAAGUGACGGACUCUGGCUUCCUGGGAACCACGCCCACCCUCUCAUGUUCCCUACUGGGGGAGGACGCACUAGUGCAGGUGUACCCCGAUGGCAUCCGCCACAUCCGCGCGGAUAAGCGUGUGAACGAGUGGAAGACACCGGGCAAGAAGACCAUUGUCCGCUGCGCUGUCAACCAGAGACAAGUCGUCAUCGCCCUCACCGGCGGAGAGCUUGUGUACUUUGAGAUGGACCCGUCGGGCCAGUUGAAUGAGUACACGGAGCGUAAGGAGAUGUCAGCUGAUGUGGUGUGCAUGAGUCUGGCCAACGUGCCGCCAGGAGAGCAGCGCUCGCGCUUCCUCGCCGUGGGAUUGGUCGACAACACCGUCCGCAUCAUCUCCCUCGACCCCUCGGACUGUCUGCAGCCGCUGAGUAUGCAGGCCCUGCCUGCGCAGCCGGAGUCGCUGUGUAUUGUGGAGAUGGGCGGAGUGGAGAAACAGGACGAGCUGGGAGAGAAGGGCACCAUAGGAUUCCUAUACCUUAACAUAGGACUACAGAACGGUGUGCUGCUGCGGACGGUUCUGGACCCCGUGACUGGAGAUCUGUCGGACACUCGCACACGCUACUUGGGGUCGCGACCCGUCAAGCUCUUCCGGGUCAGGAUGCAGGGACAGGAAGCUGUGUUGGCGAUGUCAAGUCGCUCGUGGCUGAGCUACUCGUACCAGUCGCGCUUCCACCUGACUCCCCUCUCCUACGAGACGCUGGAGUAUGCCUCAGGCUUCGCCUCCGAACAGUGUCCCGAGGGCAUAGUGGCCAUCUCAACCAACACGCUCAGGAUUCUGGCUUUGGAGAAGUUGGGUGCUGUGUUCAACCAGGUGGCGUACCCCCUGCAAUACACACCACGCAGGUUUGUCAUCCAUCCCGACACCAACAACUUGGUGCUGAUCGAGUCUGACCACAACGCCUACACAGAAGCCACCAAAGCCCAGCGCAAACAACAGAUGGCAGAGGAGAUGGUGGAGGCGGCGGGGGAGGACGAGCGUGAGCUGGCCGCUGAGAUGGCGGCCGCCUUCCUGAAUGAGAACCUUCCGGAGUCCAUCUUCGGGGCGCCCAAGGCCGGUGGGGGCCAGUGGGCAUCACUGGUGCGCCUCAUCAACCCCAUCCAGGGCAACACCCUAGACCUGGUGCAGCUGGAGCAGAAUGAGGCCGCCUUCAGCGUUGCGAUCUGUCGUUUCCCUAACGGAGGAGAUGAUUGGUACGUGCUGGUGGGCGUGGCUAGGGAUAUGAUCAUGAACCCGCGCUCGGUGGCCGGGGGCUUCAUCUACACCUAUCGCCUCGGCAGCGGUGGAGAGAAGCUAGAGUUUGUACACAAGACCCCGGUGGAGGACGUGCCACUGGCCAUCGCUCCGUUCCAGGGCCGCGUGCUGGUGGGAGUGGGCAAGCUGCUCCGCAUAUACGACCUGGGCAAGAAAAAACUACUCAGGAAGUGCGAAAACAAGCAUGUCCCCAACCUGGUGACGGGCAUCUACACGAUGGGCCAGCGUGUGAUCGUGUCUGACGUGCAGGAGAGCUUGUUCUGGGUGCGCUACAAGCGGAACGAGAACCAGCUGAUCAUCUUUGCUGACGACACGCACCCUCGCUGGGUCACCACCGCCUGCCUGCUGGACUACGACACCAUGGCCUCCGCAGACAAGUUCGGGAACAUCAGCAUUGUGCGUCUGCCCCCCAACACCAGUGAUGACGUGGAUGAGGACCCCACUGGCAACAAGGCUCUGUGGGAUAGAGGCCUGCUCAACGGGGCCUCUCAGAAGGCGGAGGUGAUUAUGAACUACCAUAUAGGGGAGACUGUGUUGUCUCUGCAGAAGACCACUCUUAUCCCUGGAGGCUCUGAGUCCCUGGUCUACACCACGCUGUCAGGAGGCAUAGGCAUCCUUGUGCCGUUCACAUCACACGAGGAUCAUGACUUCUUCCAACAUCUGGAGAUGCACAUGCGCUCCGAGUUCCCUCCUCUCUGUGGACGAGACCACCUCAGCUUCCGAUCAUACUACUUCCCUGUCAAGAAUGUGAUUGAUGGGGACCUGUGUGAGCAGUUCAACUCUAUGGACCCCCACAAGCAGAAGAGCGUAGCUGAGGAGCUGGACCGCACGCCGCCAGAGGUCUCCAAGAAGCUAGAGGACAUCCGCACACGAUACGCCUUUUAACACGCAUGGAAGCACACACACACGCCACAUACACACACACACGGACACACACGGACAAGGACACGGACACACACACAAGGACACGGACACACACGGACAAGGACACGGACACACACACAAGGACACGGACACACACAGGCAUACACCUCAAACACACAUGCGCAAACACACACACAUGCAAACACAUCUCUGGAUCGUGGAACUUUUAUGGACAAUGGUUUCGUUUUUGUUUUUUAUAUGUAUGUGUGAUGAAAUGUGGAACAGACAGACAGUGCAGGUGAGUUUUAUCUUCUUCAAAAGUAGUGAAUCUUCACAGACAGGACAUAACUAGUGAUUGAGAUCACCGAGAGAGAAAAAAGUAAGUUAAUAUGUAUUUUACGUUUGCUCAUUCCUUUUGGGUACUGGCAACGAAGAAAAAAAAACAAAGUUCACUGGCUGAAAUACUAGACAUCCUGUCCUGUAUACAAGACCGACAAAUUUGUGAAAUAGUUUCUUGUUUUGUACGUAAUGAGGUUUGUGGUCGGUGGCAAAGGCCACGGUGUGCUGACUGAGUGUCUGUGUGUUGGUGAGCGGCGGAGCCAGGCCAGAGCAGAGACUCUUCUCUGCAUGCCACGCUAUGCCAAGCCAAUCUUAGACCCCCAGCAGCGAUCUUGUAAAUAAAGUCUUUUUUUUUUCUAACAGUG